AUGAAACUCACAGAUUUCGACUACCAUCUACCUUCUGAUCGGAUCGCGCAAAGCCCACUUCAACAGCGUGAUGCGUCACGACUCUUGGUAGUUGAUCGUGACACCCGUGUUUUCCACCAUACUCAGUUUUCGCAGAUUUCGGAAUACUUGCCGGACGCUGCGUUGUUAGUUCUGAACGACACGAAGGUAAUCCCUGCACGGUUAAUCGGUAGCAAAAGCGGAACCGGCGGAAAGAUAGAGCUACUUCUCAUCCGCGAAAAAGAGCCGGACACAUGUGAAGUGCUUGCCAAGCCGCGGCGGAGCCUCCACAUCGGCACACAGGUUAUCUUCGGCAACAGUGCCCUAACAGCAGAGGUCCUCGCGAAACCGGAUGACGGACACUGUAUCGUCCGUUUCAACUAUAACGGUGAGUUUUCAGCCAUUCUUGCAGAUGUGGGUAUGAUGCCUUUGCCUCCUUAUAUUCGCCGUCCACCGAAUGCUGAAGAUAAGGUUCGCUAUCAGUCAGUCUACGCCGCCACCGAAGGCGCAAUUGCAGCCCCUACGGCAGGUCUGCACUUUACACAAGAAUUGCUGGAGGAAUUGAAAAACAACGGGAUAGAAACAGCGAUGCUAACACUGCAUGUUGGACCUGGAACGUUCCAACCGGUGAAAGUGGAAAAUAUUGUGGCGCAUAAGAUGCAUGCCGAAUAUAUUCAUCUCGCUGAAACAGAAGCGAACCGGAUUCGCACAGCGCGAGAAGCAGGACGAAAAAUCGUUGCUAUCGGGACCACAGUCGUGCGAUCCUUGGAAACCGCAGGCACGACAGGUACUGUUCAUCCGUAUAGCGGCUACAGUGAGCUUUUUAUCUAUCCUGGACACCGAUUUAAUGCGGUAGAUGCGUUGGUCACCAACUUCCAUCUACCCAAAUCAACCCUACUUAUGCUCGUGAGUGCCUUCGCUGGCAGAGACCUGAUUCAGCAGGCUUACCAAGAGGCACUCCAACACAACUACCGUUUUUACAGUUAUGGCGAUGCCAUGCUAAUUCUUUGA